UUUCUCUUUUGAUUGUUAGUUAUUCAUAUACACAGUUAAAGUAAUCAGCAAAGAUGGGUCGUGUUAGAACUAAAACCGUUAAGAGAGCUUCCAAGGUCUUGAUUGAACGUUUCUACCCUAAGUUAACCUUAGACUUCGAAACCAACAAGAGAUUGACCUCUGAAAUCGCUGUCAUCCAAUCCAAGAGAUUAAGAAAUAAGAUUGCUGGUUACACCACCCACUUGAUGAAGAGAAUUCAAAAGGGUCCAGUUAGAGGUAUUUCUUUCAAGUUACAAGAAGAAGAAAGAGAAAGAAAAGAUCAAUACGUUCCAGAAGUCUCUGCUUUGGACUUAUCUCACACCAACGGUCAAUUGGAAGUUGACUCUGAAACCGCUGACUUGGUCAAGACCUUGGGUUUCAAGAUCCCAAUCCAAACCGUCUCCAUCUCUGCUCAAAGAGGUCCAAGACGUUUUGCUAAGAGAAACUAAUUUUAGGAAUUGCAUCAUAGCUUAACCAAUAUAUUAUUCAUGUUAAUUUUCUUGGGGUAUUCUUGAAAUUUGUAUAGUUACAAAACGCACUCUUUAUAUGUACUUAAUAAAAAUAUCAUAAAAAA